CGCUCCGUUCUCCUCGUCCUCCCGAAGCUCGACAUGGAGAUCGAGGUCGCCCCGAGCCGGCGCGCGCCCAGCCGGCACCGCGCCGAGGAAGCGACGCUCGCGCACGCGCUGGAGGGCAUCUACGUCGCGCUCCAGGAGCCGGUCUCGCCGCGCGAGAUGAAACGGCUCAAUCCCGCACAGCGCGACCAGCUGUUGCGUGCCGCGGACGAGAGGAGCGCGGACGGCGUUCCGCGGGUGGUGGACCAUCUUGGGUGGCGGCGGCGGUUCCUCGGCCUGAGGCCUGCGUCGAGGAGCGAGGUUUCGCAGGCCGAUGGGGGCCGCGUGGAUGAUGGAGAGGUGUUUGUCGUCGAGCUUGGC